CUACAACCGGAGCAGAAGUUACUGAAACAUACUUGGGUAGGGAAACCGUGAGGCAUCCGUUAUACAAUCGUGAUGUAGCCGUUUUUAAAAUUUGUGUUAAAGCAAUUGACUCAGGCUUACGUCAAAUCAAUAGGCUUCCAGUUAUUCCAUUAUCAACAGGAGAUAAAAUUUACAACGAAUUAGUAGAACGUGGAAAACAGUUUGUAAAAUACGCAAUAAAUCUUGUUAGUGGUAAAGGCGAUGGUUGUACCUUUUUGUUAUAUGGUCCUCCUGGAGUUGGAAAAACAUUAACCGUUGAAGCAAUUGCUGAAAUGCUUCAUCGUCCAUUAUAUUUUGUUACUGUUGGAGAAUUAGGAACAAAUGCAAGAGAUUUAGAAAAAAAUUUAAUGAUUAUUUUUAAGAGGGCACUUGCUUGGAAUGCUAUUAUUUUGAUUGAUGAAGAUAUUAAAAAAUUAAGCAAAAAACAUUUAAAUGGAAGAGAUAUUAAAAACGCUGCAUUAAAUGUGGAAACAAAUAAACCAAUUACUACAAAAUUAUUAGAAGAAAUUCUUAAUACUUCAAGUAGUAAAAUAUUAGAAUGCAAUACUGAAG